UUCCGCGUUGUUCCUGAUGCUAUCUAUGGAUCAUGGAUCUAUGCCUAUGGAUGCUACUAGCUAAUACGGCAGUGGUCGUAAAGCAGCGUCGCUUUUGCGACUACGGCGUGACGUCGUUAUCGUAAUACUAGAGAGUGUCGGUAAAUAAAGCUUUAGCUGUAUCUGGUUAAUUCAGAAGGACUUUUUUAGAUGAGUUGCCUUUUUGUUUUUACAUGUAUCUGUUGUUCUUAUAUAAGAUAUCUGAAUAAUAGAGCAUGGUCUGGCUAACGUUUCAAACAAAGAUGUCAACUGAAAGUCUUAUAGCUAACCCUAGCUAGCUAACGUCAUGUGUUGCUAACUUACAUUUUGCAGAGACGUAGUCUCUAACGUUGGAUAUCUAUCAACCAGAGGACCACUGUGCAUCAAACUGCAGCGUGGGCUGCAUGUUUGGUCAGUUUGUUUUCCUUCGUCACUGAAAGUUCAAUUCAUGUAAAAUGUCAGCGCAAAAAGACUGCGAGUUUCUGGUGAAACGAGCCCGGGAGUUGGUCUCUGAUGAUCCCUGCGCAGCCAAAGCCUGGCUGAUAACUGCCAGAACCCUUUACCCUACAGAUUUCAACAUACAGUAUGAAAUGUACAUCAUUGAACGCAAUGCAGAGAGGACAACUUCAGCAGGGAGGUUGCUGUACGACAUGUUUAUAAACUUCCCAGAUCAGCCCAUCGUGUGGCGUGAGAUUAGUGUCAUCACAGGCGCCCUACGCUCUGACUCUCAGGACAAGCAUGCACAGUUUCUACGAGGUCUUUUUGAGACGCUGCCUGGUCGUGUGCAGUGCGAGAUGCUGCUGAAGGCCACGGAGCAGUGUUUCAACACGUUGGAGAAGGCAGAGAUGCUGCUGCUCCUCCUGAAGCGCUUUCCAGAGUCUGUCGUCCAACACGGGGUCAAUUUAGGAGAGACGUUGCUUGAGGCGGAGGUGUCGGAGAAUGUGGAGACUCCCGUCAACUGCUUCAGAAAACUUUUCGUCUGUGACGUUCUUCCUUUGGUCAUAAAUAACAUGGACAUGCGCCUUCCAGCCAGCUUAAUGCAGAAAUACAUGCUGAAAGCAGCUGAAUUCUACAUUAGUUAUGUUACCCGUGGACCUUCAUCGGAUGUACAGAUACAAGGCUCUCAGGAAGGUGGGACUCUGAAGUCUCCCACCGUGUCCCGCGGUUCCCAGCGUUAUGUGAUUGACGGCCUGUCGGAAAAAUCGUCGGUGGUGGCAGAACCUUGGGAGAGGCUGUUGGAAAUCCUUGGCGUGGUCGGAGCACGCUGCGAGUGGCAGGGAGACAAGGGUCAGAGGAGUUAUGUGGACAUGCUGCAGAGAGUGAAGGAGCUGUGUCGCUACCUGCCUGGUCUGGAAGGAGAAACGAGAGCCCGCUGCUGCAGUCAGGUGGUCAUCUGUGCUGCGCUUGUCCUCUUCCGUAGUGCCUUCCUCUACGUCUCCGCCGUACAGCCUGCACUGUUCCAGGGGGUCAGCGCGUUGAGUUCAGGGCCCUGGAUCCUCGUUGAGGAUUUGAGCUCUGUGCAUAACGAUGUGGAGGUGGAGAGAGGAGCAAUGAAGCACGCGCAUAAGAAACGCAAACUGGCCGAUGGGAGAGAGAAGACUAUGAGCUCAGACGAUGAGGACGGUUUGGGGAAAGGCCGUGGCCGACAUAUCUUAGUGAACAAGGCUGAGAUGCCCACCUGGUCAGAGACUCUGGAGAGUUUCCGCACAGCGAGAGAAAGCUGGGACCUCCUUCACUCCCACGAUGGUUUGGAAGCUGAGUUUAAGAAGAUCUGUGCUACGUGGAAGACGGACAGCUGGCUGUGGUUCAGAAUAUUCCUGACCGACAUGAUCAUAUACCAGGGACAGUACCGUAAAGCCCUCUCCAGCCUGCACCAGAUGGCUGCCGUGCAACAGCCUCAGCCCGGGCAGCAGAGCCCCUCAGGUCAGGCCAGUCUGGAGCACCACAGGGCCCUCAUACAGCAGGCAUCCUGCCACUACGCACUGGGAGAGUACAGGCUGGCCUGUGAGAAGCUGCUCGAUGUCGUCAGCGGACUGGUGCCCCCGAACCAAGAGCCAACAAAGGCCCCGGAGGAUCAGAGCCGAGUCAAGACCAAAUCUAGGAAAGGUAACGAUCUGAGGCUGCUUCCCUGCACCAGUAAAGCCGUGUUACCUUUCUGCCUCCAGCUGAUGCUCGCCUGCUUCAAGCUCCGUGCCUUCACAGACAACCGUGACGACCUGUCCCUCGGCCACGUGGUGGUCCUCCUGCAGUACGACUGGCCGCAGGGAGAGAUGCUGUUCUUAAAGGCGGUGGAUAAAAUCUGUCAGCAGGGCAGCUUCCAGUACGAGAACUUCUUCAACUACGUCACCAACAUCGACAUGCUGGAGGAGUUUGCGUACCUGCGUACUCCGGAGGGAGGGAGGAUCCAGCUGGAGCUGCUGCCCAAUCAGGGGAUGCUGAUUAAGAACCCUAGCCCCGCCCUGGGGGUGGAGUUAAAUACCCUUCUUCUACAAGGGGUGCAGACCAUGGACAGACACCACACAGUGACUCGAGGAAUCACCAAAGGAGUGAAGGAGGAUUUCCGUCUGGCCAUGGAGAGGCAGGUGUCGCGUUGUGGAGAGAACUUGCUCAGCGUGCUUCACCGUUUCUGCAUUAACGAGAAGAUAAUCAUCAUCCAGUCUCUUCCUUGACACCGGGCCUGUUGCUGUUCCAAACGAACUGCAGUUGAGCUGACUUUAUGAGUCCUGGAGCUUUUUUUUUUUACACAUUUCUACUCGUCUUCGUCAUCCGUCUCCAAAGUCUUUAAGAAAAGAAUGAGCCUGUGUGUUGUUGACCGAUCAUUUCAGAGACUCAAAGCCGAUUUUGAACAUACAGUAUAUAGUAGUAGUAGUAUGUGAGUGGUUUGUCUGUUUGUACAAAGUUGAGGUGUUAACAGUCAGUACUGAUAAAAGAAGAAAUUGCAUUUUGAUACUCUUUGUUUUUUUCUACAAUCUCGAGAAAACAUUAAGUUUAUGUGGAUGUUUGAAUAAAAUGUCACUUGAA